UAAAAAAAAAAUGGCAAAAAGUUUUCAAAGACUCAACCUUUGUCUCUUCCCAUUCUUCUUCCUCGCCUUCUCCUUCAUUACCAAACCAAACGAGGCAUACCCUCUGUCCACAAGCUCGAGAUGGAUCGUGGACGAGACGGGCCAGCGGGUAAAGCUCGCGUGCGCGAACUGGCCGUCGCACCUCCAGCCGGUGGUGGCGGAAGGGCUGAGCAAGAAACCGGUCGAGGAAAUAGCGGAGAAGAUAGUGGGGAUGGGUUUCAACUGCGUCAGGUUAACUUGGCCUCUUGAUCUGGCCACCAAUUUCACGUUGGCUCACAAUGUGACCGUUAGGCAAUCUUUUCAAAGCCUUGGUUUAAAUGAUGAUAUCGUUGGCUUCCAAACCCACAACCCCUCCAUCAUUGAUCUUCCCCUCAUUGAUGCUUUCAAGACGGUGGUCGAGGCAUUGGGGAACAAGGGUGUAAUGGUGGUACUAGAUAACCACAUCACCAAGCCAGGGUGGUGCUGCUCAAACGACGACGGCAAUGGCUUUUUCGGCGACCGGUUUUUCGAUCCGGCCGUUUGGAUCUCCGGUCUGACCAACAUGGCCUCUAUCUUCAACGGUGUCUCCAAUGUUGUUGGAAUGAGUUUAAGGAACGAACUCAGAGGAUCUAGACAAAACACUAACGACUGGUUCAAGUAUAUGGAACAAGGUGCUGAAGCGAUUCACUCAGCAAACCCUAACGUUCUUGUGAUUCUCUCUGGUCUAAGCUUCGACGCCGACCUCUCCUUCGUAGGAGCUCGACCCGUCAACCUAUCUUUUGCUGGAAAACUCGUUUUUGAGCUCCAUUGGUACGCUUUCAGCGACGGAAACUCGUGGGCAACAAACAAUCCUAACGAUAUUUGCGGCCGAGUUUUGAAUCGUAUAAACAAAGGAGGUGGUUUUCUUCUCAACAAAGGAUUUCCGUUGUUCUUUAGCGAGUUCGGGAUAGAUGAGAGAGGUGGUAACGCUAACGAUAACCGGUAUUUCGGGUGUUUCUUGGGUUGGGCCGCCGAGAACGACGUCGACUGGGCACUCUGGACGCUCACCGGAAGCUAUUACAUCAGACAAGGUGUGGUCGGAAUGAUCGAGUAUUAUGGUGCGUUGGAUUCGGACUGGAAUGAUGUUCGGAAUUCGAGUUUCUUGCAAAGGUUAUCUUUGCUUCAAUCUCAACUUCAAGGACCGGGCCCUCGAACCGAUUUCUACGAUCUGAUUUUUCACCCCUUAACCGGACUCUGCGUGGUACAAUCUGAAUUGGACCCAACACUGCUAACAUUAGGUCCAUGCAAGGAAUCAGAGCCAUGGAGUUACACUUCAAAGAACAAUCUGAAAAUCCAAGGCAUGCCCUUUUGCAUCCAAAGUACGGGAACACAGAAACCAGUUCGACUCGGUCUGAGUUGCUGGAGCCCUAACUCGAAAUGGCAAACCAUCUCAGCUUCCAAAAUGCACUUGGCUUCAACCACAAGUAACAAGACCUCGUCUCUAUGCCUUGACGUGGACACUAACAGCAACGUUGUAGCGAAUCCUUGCAAGUGUUUGAGCAAAGACAGCUCGUGUGAACCGAUGAGCCAAUGGUUCAAGAUUGUCCGAGCCACGACAGGGUUGAAGGGUUCAAGAUUGUGCAAUCAUGUUACAACACCAAAGGAAUUGUUACCGUACAAUUCGGAUCUGUUGUAAAGCUAAUUCUUUUGUCCAAAAGGGUAUUUAUGAAUAAAUCAAAACUCCAAAGUCCUCGUUGAUUUCAGAGGACAAUUUCAGUUCA